AUGGAUGAAUUAAUAGAAAAAAUUAAGAAUAGUAUAAAAAGAGAAAGACUUUGUGAUGAUGUCAAAGAAUUUCAAUGGAGAAGUUUAGAUUUAAAUUUGGAUAAUUGUUUAAAUAGAAUUUGUUUUAUUUCAAAAAUUACCGGUAAAAGAUAUUUAGUAUAUCUAACUAGAAAGAUAGAUUUUGACAAAGAAAAACCAGAGCUAAUAGAAUUAGCAUCAGUUGGAGCUAUAUAUAAUAUGCGUUACAUUUUCCAACUUUUAGAAACCAAAAAAAAACGUCUAAAAAUAAGUUAUGGAUCAGGAUAUGGUUUAUUUUCUUACCAAAAAGAUGAUGUUGAUAUAGAUUGUCUUUGCAUAGAAUCAUCAAAUUUAUAUCCAUUAAAUAAUAUUACAAACACUCUUGAUGUAGAAAAAAUUCUUAGUGUGGCAAGAUACCUGGCAAAAUUUCAAGUAUCAUGUAUGCGUUGGAUUGGAGAAUUAUCAAAAAGAUACAUCAUGUUCAAUAAUAAAUAUUUGUUAACAUUUUUAAAUGACCAAUUAAUUAAUUAUCAACCAACAUAUAUAGAAUCACUAGAAAAAUAUAUGAGGAAAUAUUUUAAAAAUCCUGAUAAAAUGAUUGAACAAGUUAAACACUACCUUAAACCAUAUACAACUUUUGAUAAAUUAGAAGAAAAAAAAUAUUUUAAAUUACUUCCACUAGUAAUAUCUCAUUCAUUUUUAUGUCCAGAAUUGAAGGAUGGCAUUACACAACUUUCAUGCCUUAAAAUAAGAACAGAAAGGUAUAAGUAUAUAUUAAUGUCAUAUUAUGAAGUAUUUAUUAAAUACUCAACACAACAUUUUGAAUUUAAACAUUUACUAGAAUAUUACAAAUCUUCAUUAAAAUAUGUUAUUUUUAGAAAUUUACAUAAAUUACUAACUAUGUUAUCUAGUGAUAGUAUGAAUUUUGAAGAAAAGAAAAUUAUUGCUCAAAGAUGGGAAGAUGCUCUUGAUGAAGCAUAUUGUAAUGAAUAUUAUGAAUUAUAA